AUGUCCUCCCAGAACGCUCACACUUUCUACGCCGACGCUGUCCUAUUCGACAUGGACGGCACCCUCACGGACUCCAUCGCAGCUGUCGAGGCGGCCUGGGGUAAAGUCGCCAAAGACAUUGGUCAAGAUCCCGCUUACGUUAUUGCUGCAACCCAUGGCAAGCGCGCCGUCGACAAUCUCGCCCAAUUCAAGCCCCAUAUCAAGGCACAUGAGAUGGACGACGAGGUUCAAAAUUUCGAGGAGAGCAUUCUCUUCUUCGCCGAUGCCUACAACAUGUACGGACCCGGCUCGCAGCGCACCUCACCCGCGAGCUCGCCUGUCUUGAAUUCCCCUCUUAGCUCCGGCUCCGCGACCCCUGACCUUUCCUUCUCGCCAAGCAAUUCUGCCCCUUCUUCUCGUGCAUCAUCAUUCGUCUCACCUCGUCGACCAUCAUUUGCCAGCAAGCUAAAUAAUAUGCUGACUAUGUCCGUUGUACCCGAAGUUGCCGUCUACGGCCAGGGUCCCCAAUUCGAAGACUCUAUCAUGGAAGAAGAUCAGCAGGACAUCGUUAUGUUCGAGGCCAAUCAGAAGAAACACGUUCUCGAGGCUUGGCAACAGGAAGCAACGAGUGUUGAUCGCUCAGUGCGGAUUUUGCCCGGUGUUAAAAGGAUGAUGAGCUCCAUUCCUGAAGGUCGUUACGCUGUUGCCACCUCAGGUGCAAAAACAUAUGCAUAUGGUUGCAUGACUCGCGUUGGCAUUACCCCGCCCAAGAUAACCAUUACCGCAGACGACAAGCGUCUCAAGGCUGGAAAGCCUGCCCCAGACCCAUUCCUCCUUGCUGCUCGCGAACUCGGUUUUUCUGCGACAAAUUGUGUCGUGUUCGAGGACUCCCCAAGCGGGAUCCGCGCAGGUGUCGCUAGCGGUGCCACCGUAAUUGCUGUGUGCACCAGCCAUGAGAGGAAGCACAUCGAGCACGUUGGCGCCCACUUUGUGGUGGAUAACAUGGACAAAGUGAAGUGCGAGUCGUGUGCGGACGGCAGACUGAAGUUUACCGUGCAGCUAUGA